UUCAUCCGUGUCGUAAUUGACGCAUCGUUUAAGCGCCUGUUAGGUACCAGGCGGGCACUGUGCUGUGCCUGGGGAAGUCCCUGCCCUGCGGACAAGCAGCAGAUGACAGUUCCCUAAUUACUCUUGUGAGAGGAUUCCCAAGGAAAUGCGGGGUGCUGGGGGUGACAGUAAAGGAGCUGACUGUCAGAGAAGGGGAGGCGAUGCUUGAGCUGAGCUCCGAAAAAUGACUGAGAAUGAGCUUUCUCAAGAGGGUGCUGGUGGUGUUUCACGCAGAGGGAGUAGUGUGGACAAGGCCUCUGAGGUGGUGUGUUGGGGGCUGAAAGGCAGCCAGUGUGGCUGAAGGGCAAGGGGAUCACAGGAGGGGUCUGUUAAGUGUGCAGGGGCCAGAUGUAGGCCUUGUGGGCUGCGGUGAGUGUGGUCCAGGCAGGGCAGAGAGUUUGGUCUGGUGAAGUUGGGACUGAUUGUGGAGGGCUCUGCAGGACGUGCUGAAAAGUCUAGAUUUUAUCCGGUUACCUCUGGCAAGGCUGUAGGGGUUUUAAACAUAGGAACAAUGUGACUAGCAAUGUGUUCUAGGAAGGUCCCUCUGGCUGUUGUGAGAGGUCCACCUGAGUCUUGGGAGGUAAGUUCUGCCAGGAAGCGGCUGCAGUGACUGAAGUGAGAAACACAGGGAAGCACUGUUAUGUGGAGCUUGUGGGAGGCACUGACAUUCAGCACAGAGCCUAGCACAUAGAGGGACUUGGAUAAAAGGCUUGUACUGUGCUGAGAAGUUGAGCCCAUGCAGGAGGCAGCAGGAUCUGGGCCAGAUUUAAAGUGCUUUCUGCUGCAUGACCACUGAGUCAUGACCUGAGACAAGUCCCUUCCUCUCGCCAGCUUCCUUUCCUCAUAGCGUAAAGAGUGAUAACUCCUCUCCCAAAGGUGAAAGACUACAAGGGAGGUUUCCAGAAAGAGCUGCUUUGGUCAGUCCAGUCCAUCCCCUGUUGAGAGCCUGCCCUUGAUUCCCCAGUGACCUCACCCAGGCAUUCCCAGCCCUCAUGACUUGAUCCCCAAUUUACCUUUGCGCCUUAUCCACUCUGCUCCUCUUUACAUCUCUCUCGCCUUCCUGUCCUGGAUCUGUGCUGUUACUGUUUUUCUUCCCUUCCUACCUCCUGUGAACUCAUCAUGGGGCCUUGGGACCAGGGGGCUGAACUCACCUGGCUACUUGCCUAGUGUGCUUUUCUUAAGCAGUGAUAUUCAGCCUCUUCUAGAAUUAUGUAUUCAGGUACUCUCUCUCUUCUAGAUUGUGAGUUUCUUGAGAGCAUGGCUAUGUCUUACUCCUUCCAUAGCCCCUACAUUGCCCAGCACAGGGCCUGGCACAGAGUGGGUAUUGUUAGUGUUUGAUGAACAAGGGAAUGAAUGAGCUCAUUGAUUGCAUCUGCUCACCAUGCAAGGGCAGCUGUGAGGAAUCUAGGCAGGAGUGACUUCACCCAUCUGUGUCAUGUUUUAACAGUUCAUUAAGCACUUUAAAAUCCCCUAUUCUAUUGAAUGAUCCUUAAGGUAACCUAGAGUGGCAGCUUUUCUUGUCCUCUUUUUACAAAUGAAGAAACCAACAUUCAGAAAGUUUAAGUGACUUGCCUAAGGCUACAAAACCAGUAGAUGGCUGAGCGAGGAUAAAAAUUUUUUGCUCUUCUCCCUGUAGCCUAGUAGACUGAGAUUGGCUAGAGCUGGCUGUUCAUUCUCCCAUUGUCUAUUUUGCCUCUCUCCCUUGAGGGGGUGGGUGUGGGGGUCCCAGCAGUGCUAGGCUGAGAGGCACAUGCUGGGCUUUUACAUCUCAUUUUCAAGGAUGAAUGCUGGGCUUGGAUGAUAUCUACAAUUUGGCUUUCCCAUGAGCUUUUUAACUACCAGAGGGUUCUAUUUACAUCUUUAGAAGUUUUGCCUCAGGAAACCUAAGGGCCCGGGAAGGCUCCCAGAGUUGGCCAAGCUCAUGUAGCAAGUCUGGAACAGAACCUUUAAGGGUCUAGAUUUGGAGAAACCACUGUUGAGUGAGGGCAGCCUUUUGGGCUGGUUUUCUCCCCUGUGAAAUGUCAGAGAAGCCUUGGUGUUAGUCAUGGCUCUACAAGGCCUGGUUUCGUGGGGCUUGUGUGGUGGCCAUUGAGUCCCCACUGUGGGGGUUGUUUCAUAGAAGAGAAGUCUGGUGUUCCCUAAGAUGGCCUGAUAUGAGAGAGUCACGCCUCCCACCUCCCCGAGCCCCCAGAGCUGCCCUGUGGCUGCCUUCUCCUUCAAGUUCAGGAGCCAGUUGAAAUGUCGGAAAUGGAAGCCAACGUGACCAUCCCAAUCUGGCAAAACAAGCCGCAUGGGGCUGCUCGCAGUGUAGUGAGAAGGAUCGGGACCAACCUGCCCCUGAAGCCAUGUCCCCGGGCGUCCUUUGAGACCCUGCCCAACAUCUCUGACCUGUGUCUAAGGGAUGUGCCCCCAGUCCCUACUCUGGCUGACAUCGCCUGGAUUGCCGCAGAUGAAGAGGAGACAUAUGCCCGGGUCAGAAGUGAUACACGCCCCCUGAGGCACACCUGGAAGCCUAGCCCUCUGAUUGUCAUGCAGCGCAAUGCCUCAGUGCCCAACCUGCGUGGGUCCGAGGAGAGACUCUUGGCCUUGAAGAAGCCAGCCUUGCCAGCCCUAAGCCGCACCACAGAGCUGCAGGAUGAGCUGAGCCACCUGCGCAGCCAGAUUGCUAAGAUAGUGGCAGCUGAUGCAGCUUCGGCUUCAUUAACACCAGAUUUCUUAUCUCCAGGAAGUUCAAAUGUCUCUUCUCCCUUACCUUGUUUUGGAUCCUCAUUCCACUCUACAACUUCCUUUGUCAUUAGUGACAUCACUGAGGAGACUGAGGUAGAGGUCCCUGAGCUUCCAUCAGUCCCCCUGCUUUGUUCUGCCAGCCCUGAAUGUUGCAAACCAGAACACAGAGCUACCUGCAGCUCGUCUGAGGAGGAUGACUGUGUCUCUCUGUCCAAGGCCAGCAGCUUUGCAGAUAUGAUGGGAAUCCUGAAGGACUUUCACCGGAUGAGACAGAGCCAAGAUCUGAAUCGGAGUUUAUUGAAGGAGGAGGACCCUGCAGUCCUUAUCUCCGAGGUCCUAAGAAGGAAGUUUGCUCUGAAGGAAGAAGAUAUCAGUAGAAAAGGAAACUGACUGCACUCAGCUCUGCAAACUCAGCCUCAUGCUUCUGGAAUUCCUUCAAUAGCUGCCUUCCUCACCGCAGAUGUUUCUGCCUCUCAAUUAGAAACCUUCUGCAACAGUCUUGCCGAAAGCUAGAGCUUGGACUGAAAGAGAAGAGCUGGAUUAUACGUUUCCCAUACUUUAAACCUUAGCAGAAAGCUAAGGCCUGUUUUUAGCUGAGACACUUUUUACAGGUAAAUAUAUAGGUUGGAAUGUUUCAGUCUAAAGGGUGAGAUAGAAUUUCUGGUUUUUCCUUGCUCCUGUGUGAAAAUAGGUCCUAAAUGAAUGAAUGACUUCACUGCAUUAGACCCCAUAACUGGUCUCACCGCACACUUUGUGCCCAGCUGUCACUCACUCUCAGCAGCUUCCUUGCAGCAGAGCAGGGCUGAGGGGAGGGAGCUAUAAAUGUUGAUGUACAUGUUCACAGGGCAGGGAAACUCUUAUGCUGCUCCAUCAUAAACUGACACCAAUGCCCAGCAAUCACCCUCUCCCCCUUUCCUGUCCAACACCUAUUUAGAGGUUGGGCCACUGGACCAGCUAACACUUGGGCUGCUGCUGGGAGGCCUGGGCUGUUUUUUUCUUAAAUAUAUUUUGUAAUACUGUACAACCAAAUCUACCCUCUAAGGCCUUGGGGCAUCAUCAGUUCCACUGAUUGAAAACUCUUUCUCUUCCAAGGACUUUAGUUUAAGCCCAGCAGGAAAGAGAAAUGGGGAGGGGAGAGAGAGUACCAUCCUUCUUCCAGGCCUGUGACUGCUCCUUUGCGUUAGGCCAAGGUUUGUACCUGCCACACCAUGCAUGACUCAGACGCCCUCAGGUCCCUUUCUCUAUGGUAUGUAUCCUGUGUGUGUUUGAGUUGAAGCACUACCUGACAUUAAAGGAAGGAUUUGGAGAGAGAGUGCAUUUGCUGUGUCUUAUCUCUGAGUUGUGAUCACCUUUUUAAGGUAUGUGAACUUUUAUAACAAACUAACUCCUGGCUUCCUCUC